CUGCUCGUCGCCUGGUGCGUAGUGGUCCUUGUUGUUGAUGGUGCUCUUCGUUGACUACUUUGGUGCACAGCUUGUGGAAUGACUGCGACUGGCUACUCUGCUGCGAUGAACCAGCUCGCAUUCGGAUCCUCGUCGGGCUUGGGCGCUGGGGACGCGUGCGGUAGAUGUUUCGCGAUUACAGGGACAGAAGACCCAUACAGCACAUCAUACAGCGGACCUUUCUACUCGAUUAUCGUCAAGGUAACCGAUCUUUGCCCUGUCUCCGGAAACGAGGAGUGGUGUGGACAGACGCAGUCGGAUUUGACAAACGAGUGGGGCAUGCCAUUCCACUUUGACAUUUGCGAAGAUACUGGAGGAUCGGCCGCGUUCUUCCCCUCGGGCCAUGGUGCAUUGACUGGAACAUUCGAAGAGGUCGACUGCUCGGAAUGGACCGGUUCUGACGGCAGUUCAUUAUGGAUCGGAGCUUGCUUGGAUGGUGAGUGUGCAACUUUCUGGCCCACGGUCGACGGUUGCGGCAACCAGGGUACUGCUCCGUGAGGAGGGUGUGGAACAGCUGCUGCUUGAAAGUUAUGAAUUAUUUACCUUCAUGUCCCGGUGAUAUGCUUUAAAUAAUCCAUUUU